AUGGAGCAAGUGUUUACAAAAGACGUUUGGUUCUCUUGGAUUUUACUAUCUGGGUUGAUUCUUCGAACAGCAAAUAGAAACCGCUCGAACCCGCUGUACUGGAUCUUGACAAUCUGCUGGUUUUCCUUUAGCUCCGCGGUGACCAAAAAGCUGCUCAAGUUCAAAGAUUUGCAGCGACGCUAUAAAAUACUGCGGAAAGAAUGCGAAAUAAGUCCAACUGCACUUGCUCUUUACGAAAAGCCGACAUCCGGCAUUAUAAUCAGAAUUUCGACUAGUUCGAAUUUCUUUAUCAAAGAGAUACGCGCGAUCAUGCUUAUUUUCGUCGCCCUAGUAUUCGUGUACGUGGUCAAUUCGAUAUCAGAGGAAUACAAAGAUCACCCGUGUUUCCAGAAAUUUGUCAUCGCCGUAAAUUAUAUUCAAAGCCACUUUAUCGAGUUUCUGAUCGGCAUCUGGUCGAUCUGGUUUAUUCUACCUGCCUUUAUUUCUGUUGCAAAUAAAUAG